CUAGCUGGAACCCGACCCAUCAGAUCGGAUCCGGUUUUUUCCAGGUCAAUUGGGUUUUCGAAUAUUUGUUUGAUAUUUCGAUAAUGGCCGGUGAAAAGACCUUGGAGAAUCCGGAACCUAUCGAUGUGGUUUUGAAGUCUGAGCAGGAUGUGCCUUCUGGAAAACUUGGAAUAGCAUCUGAUUUGACUUCCACAAUAUCUUCUACACCAUAUCCAUUUUCUGGCACGAAUCAAGGCUUGGCUGGAGAGCCUGGUGCCAAACAAUCUACUGGCUUUGACAAUUAUUACUACCCAGGUUAUGAUGGAUCAUUUACUCAAUUUGAUGAUAAGGGCUAUUUUCUUAUUGAUGGUUCACACACAGGAGUGCAAUCCGAAAAUGGUUCCUUGGUCUACUAUUUGCCUGGCUAUAACCCAUAUGCAACUGGGGCUUUAAUGGGUGUUGAUGGGCAAUGCCUUGGUCAACAACCAUAUUAUUUGUCAGGAUAUUAUCAGCCUUUGGUUUCCUAUGGAGCAGAAGCCUUGCCUUGUUACACAUGGGAUUCGACAUAUGCUGUAGACGUUUCAAAUGGAAACUUUGAUGGUUUUGGAAAUGUAGGAUAUGGCUCAGGUUCUGCUUUCUCAAAAUCAAAUGGCCUUGGUACCAAAGUAUCGAGGUUUACUUAUACUCAGCCUAACAAACCACUAAGCAAGGGGCCUUAUUCGGGUUCCGAUCUAUCCACGGGAUCUUAUAGGGGAUACUACCAAGCUGGAAAAUCUCCUUCAUUUAACAACCAAAAACAAGGUCUUUACCAAUACAAUGGUCCUAUGAGCUACAGAAAAAAUGGUAGGGCAUGGAAUCAAAAUGACAGAUCUAAGAAAUCCAACAGAGAUGUUGACUUCGAAAACUCUGCUGAACUAACUCGUGGUCCAAGGGCCUCGAACAGGGCUGUUCCUUUCGACUUUUCUGUUAAGAAGGAAGGUUUGGGACUUAAUUUAUAUAAAGAUAAAUACAACUUACCAGAUUUCCGAACCGAGUAUGAAAACGCAAAGUUCUUUGUCAUUAAGUCCUACAGUGAGGAUGAUGUCCACAAAUCCAUGAAGUAUGACGUGUGGUCAAGUACUCCAAAUGGCAAUAAGAAGCUAGAUGCUGCAUUCCGUGAAGCAGAUACUGGAGAAGGUGAGACUGGCACCAAAUGUCCCAUAUUCCUCUUUUUCUCGGUUAAUGGAAGCGGACAGUUUGUUGGGUUAGCUGAGAUGAUUGGCAAGGUGGACUUCAAUAAAGAUAUGGAAUUCUGGCAACUGGACAAGUGGAAUGGUUUCUUCCCUCUUAAGUGGCAUGUGAUAAAAGAUAUUCCUAACAAGGUGCUGUUCCACAUUAUCCUGGAAAACAACGAGAACAAACCCGUAACACACAGUCGGGACACUCAAGAGAUUGGUCUCAAGCGAGGCUUAGAAAUGCUCAACAUCUUUAAAGUUUAUUCAGAAAAAUCAUCGUUGUUAAACGACUUCGGGUUUUAUGAAAAUCGAGAGAAGACUCUUAACGCCAAAAAGAAUCACAAGUCUGGCACUGUAGGAUACAUUGAAGGUGGUUUGACUAAUCAAACGAAGAACAAUGCAGAUCCAGCACCCCUCAUCAAUCUGGCCAUGAAACUAUCCCCUAACGGAUGCACUCGGAAGAGCGUUGUUGUAAAGAACCCGAUAGCUAGUACCUUUCCUUCGGUCCCUGCACCAUAGCCAUUCAAGUUUUAACUUGGUUAAGAUGUGCAAGGGGUUCUUUUUUUUAGUUUUUUUCUGCUUUAAAGUUAUUUUCCUACGUUUUGUAG